AUGGAGGGCGCGGGCGGGCGCGCGGGGGAGCGGGCGCCGCUGCUGGGCGCGCGGCGGGCGGCGUUCGCGGGCCGGCGCGCGGCGUGCGCCGCGGUGCUGCUCACCGAGCUGCUGGAGCGCGCCGCCUUCUACGGCGUCACCGCCAACCUGGUGCUGUUCCUGAACGGCGCGCCGUUCGGCUGGGAGGGCGCGCAGGCCAGCCAGGCGCUGCUGCUCUUCAUGGGCCUCACCUACCUGGUGUCGCCGUUCGGCGGCUGGCUGGCCGACGCGCUGCUCGGCCGCGCGCGCGCCAUCCUGCUCAGCCUGGCGCUCUACCUGCUCGGCAUGCUGGCCUUCCCGCUGCUGGCCGCGCCCGCCACGCGCGCCGCGCUCUGCGGGGCCCCGCACCCCACGCGCCUCCGCAACUGCUCGGCGCCGCCCUGCGCCGACGCGCCCACCCGCUACUGCGCGCCCGCCACGCUGAGUGCGCUGGCGAUCGUGGGCCUGGGCGUGGGCGCGGUCAAGGCCAACAUCACGCCCUUCGGCGCCGACCAGGUUAAAGACCGAGGCCCAGAAGCCACACGGAGGUUCUUCAAUUGGUUUUACUGGAGCAUUAACCUGGGCGCGAUCGUCUCGCUGGGGGGCACGGCCUACGUGCAGCAGAACGUGAGCUUCGUGAGCGGCUACGCCAUCCCCACCGUCUGCAUCGGCGUCUCCUUCCUCAUCUUCCUCUGCGGCCAGAGCUGCUUCAUCACCAAGCCCCCCGACGGCAGUGCCUUCACCGAUAUGUUCAAGAUUCUGGCAUAUUCCUGCCGUCCGCAGAAGCGCACUAGAGAGCACGGUCAGAGUGGUGAAGGCAGUGGAGUCUUUCAGCAACCUUCUAAACAAAGUCUGUUUGAUUCAUGUAAGAUGUCUCGAGGAGGGCCGUUUACAGAAGACAAAGUGGAAGAUGUGAAGGCUCUUGUCAAGAUUGUCCCUGUUUUCUUGGCUUUGAUACCUUACUGGACAGUGUAUUUUCAAAUGCAGACAACGUAUGUUUUACAGAGCCUUCAUUUGAGGAUUCCAGAAAUUUCCAGUAUUACAACCAUUCAUCAUACGUUCCCAGCAGCCUGGCUCACCAUGUUCGACGCGGUGCUCAUCCUUCUGUUAAUUCCGCUGAAGGAUAAGCUGGUUGAUCCCAUGUUGAGGAGAAAUGGCCUACUCCCGUCGUCCCUAAAAAGAAUCGCCGUCGGGAUGUUCUUUGUCAUGUGUUCUGCCUUCGCUGCAGGGAUUUUGGAAAGCAAAAGGCUGGACCUCGUUAAGGAGAAAACCAUCAACCAGACCAUCGGGAACGUCGUGUAUUUCGCCGCUGACUUGCCCAUUUGGUGGCAGGUCCCUCAGUACGUGCUCAUUGGCAUCAGUGAAAUAUUUGCAAGUAUUGCAGGUCUGGAGUUCGCCUACUCGGCUGCGCCCAAGUCCAUGCAGAGUGCCAUCAUGGGUCUGUUCUUCUUCUUCUCCGGCGUCGGCUCCUUCGUGGGCUCGGGGCUGCUGGCGCUCGUGUCGCUCAGGGCCAUCGGGUGGAUGAGCAACCACACGGACUUCGGUAACAUUAAUGGCUGCCAUUUGAACUAUUACUUUUUCCUUCUGGCUGCCAUUCAAGGAGCUACCCUCCUGCUUUUCCUGAUUGUUUCCGUGAAAUACGACCGUCAGCGAUCCAGAGCGGGUGGGACCCCCGCCAGCAGGAGGGCCUCCCGGCUCUGAAGCCGCGCAGGGUCUCCACCUGAGGGGCCCGCAGGCGACUGAGGGAGGCAGGGUUUAGGUCGCCGUGAAUGUCUGGCUUCCCCAAAGCUUGUGUGACACCUGCACUGCUGUCUCCCCUCUUCAGCCAGAUGAACUCGGUAAGUGCCUUACUGGUUUGUCUCCGGGACGCUGGGCCUCCUGGACAGGGCCGCAGAGGUGUGUUGCUUCUCGAAAGUGAAGGCUGCUGUGUCCAUCCGGCCGCGGGUUUCCUUUGGACGAGACCCACACAUGGAGAGCGCACGGUCUCGGGAGGCUCCUCGUAGCUCAGUGGGCGUCUUAGCAUUUCAAACAGAUGUUGUCAUUUCCUUCGCACACACCGUGUGAUCUGAUUUUUUUCUUUUUUGAUUAAUAAACAUCUCAUAUCGAAGAACACGAGGAUUUUUAAGAGAGAAGUGCGGUCAAACACUGCAGAGGCUUUGUGUGAAUGUCCUGGUCAUGUUUCUUUUGUGAGCCAAACGUCUUGCCAUUCCCCCAUUCUUUGGCACUGCUUCAAACGAUACUAAUUUUUUAAACUAUUGACAUUGCUUUUCUUCCUCUAAGAACAUGCGUCGAGAAGUCUUUAAGAGCAUGUGUCCUGUCUCAGGCUGCAAAACAGCUUAAAGAGUGCGUUACACCUGCACCAGUCCUGCUGUAAAACACCAUUUGGGCACCCUUCUCGGGAGGGUGUAAGGAGAGAGUUCUUUUGGACAGAAUUAAUGUAGUUACAAACAAUGGAAAGUGUUAAAUGUGAACUUGAACUGUUUGACUAGUCACCACCUUUUGUAUUGUUAUUUUACAUGUACGUGGCGUUCUGAUUUUGUUAAAUAAACUAUUCUUUGUUGCUGUA